UGCAAGGCACAUACAAAAACGUGAGCAGUAAGGAAAUCGUAAACCGUAACAUUAGAUUCACUAUUGACGAGUAACCAUGUGUUUGACACUUUUCUAGUUAUACAUUAGUAUGGCAUGUGUAUGAACUGUGAAAAGUUGGAUUAAACAUAAAAUUAAAAGAUAAACAAAAUAGCAAUACUAUAUACCAAUAUACACGAUAACGAUGCAAGAAGUGAAGAGAAGUAAGAAAAAAAACACGCGGAAAGAAAAUAUAACGCAGGAGGAAAACAAGGCGGAAAAACCGAGCAAACCUGUUGAAUUGAAAUAUGGACCUACUGUAUCUUUUCCAUAUCAAAGAGUAUGGUCUAGAUGUGUUCUGAUACUUGGAGUCUUGCUAAUAGUUUGGUGUAAUAACAGACAGGGUAAAGAAGUGUGUCUAGCAAAGCAGAAAGACAUAUUGGUAAGUCGUACACAGAACGUUGACUGCUCUAUGGAUUAUAAAGACGAGUUAGAAAAAUACUCUGGCUGUGUACCAAAAAAAUGCGGCAGAGUUAUAACUGACAAACUCGUCUCGACAACAGAGGCAGAUGUUUUACUGAAACUAGCGAAAAGUGGAAUAGAUUUGGCUGGAUCUGAAGGUGGCGCAAGUAUUCUGGAUCUUCAUUCAGGCACUGUUAGUAAGAGCCAAGGUUUUAUCAAUAUCUAUAAACUCCCAGAAGCAAAGAAAAUAUUCAACAGUACAGAUUCAGCAAUUUAUAAAGUAGUGAAAACAAAAAUACAACAUGCGGUGGCGCAUAAUUUCGACAUAGAUAUAAAUAAGAUUUACUUUACCAAAUUUACCUUCUUCUCGCGGAUGACUAAUAAACCCGCGAAAACCAUACAUGAUGAAUACUGGCAUCCACAUAUCGAUAAGGAAACAUACGAAUCGUUUCAUUACACAGCGUUGCUAUAUUUAAAUGAUUUUGAUAAAGAUUUUGAAGGCGGCCGAUUUAUAUUUAUGGAUAAGAAUAGUGUCAAUACUACAGUAGAACCCAGAAAAGGAAGAGUAUCAAUUUUUACUUCAGGAAGCGAAAAUGUACAUCUAGUUGAAAAAGUGAAAUCUGGUACCCGUUACGCUUUGACCGUGUCUUUCACAUGCGAUAAGAACGCCGCGAUAUCCGAUCUAAAUUUACCGAUGCAUUAAAUUAAAAUUUAUUUCAUCAUUUUUUUAGUUGUUGAAUACAUAAAU